UCUACUUCCAACAGCACAAACGCCGUGAUGAUGUUCAGUUCUUCAGUUCUUCACUUCGACUCAGUUACAUAUUCGAGGAUUUGAUUCACGAUGUUUAUUUUGGUUGAACUGUGAGAUGGAAACAAAGAUCAGAAUAAUUUUCUUCCAUUUCGUGAUGGUUGUAUCUGCUGCUGAGGACGUGAAGAACAACCUGACAGGUGUUGUGGGAGGAAACAUCACUCUACCUGGUUCUGUACUGGAGAAAGGAUUUCUUUUAUUUGGCUCAAUGAUCAUUGCACAGGUGUAUAAAAGUGGCUUUGAAAUAGAAGAGGAAAUUUACAGGAACAACCUUGACUGGAACAACACCACUGGACUCUUUACAGUCACAGACUUGCAGAGAAACAACUCAGGAAUUUACACCAUUGAGUCUAAAAGACCACCUGUUUUUGUUUUACGUUAUACUCUAACAGUGUACGACUCUGCAGAAACUCCUGCAGUGAUCAGGCUGAACGUGACCUCUGACAGCUGCUCGCUGCUGUGUUCGGUGGACAAAGAGACGACUCUGUCGUGGUACAAAGAUGAUCAGAUGGUGAACCAGAGCAGCUCUGCUUCCUCUCUGACUCUCAUUGUCCACAAGCAGGAUGCCAAGUCCUCUUUUAGAUGUGUGUCUGCCAGCCCUGCAGAAGAAAAGUCUCUUCAGGUCCAUGUCUCCACGUCCUGCUGGACAGACGACACAGGAGACCAUUCAAGACGCUAUUGGAUUAUAAUAGCAGUCAUCGUGUGUUUCAUCAUCGUUUCAUCGGUUUUGUGUUUGGUGAUGAAAUAUUUUCAACAAAAGAAGAAGACACCCAGACACACACAAGGAGGUUCAGAGUGCGAGGACUCGGCGCUCGAGUACAGCGUCAUACAACACAGCAACAGUCGCAGUCAGGAUGUGGAGGCCGUUGAUCAUUGCAACAUUACGGUCUACGAUAAACUGGAAGUACAUCACAUGAAUCUCACGUAAUCUGCUGACGACGGUUGAGUGCAAGCGGCAGGUUCACACCAUAAAUGACUCAGUCCAACGAAACGUUACUGUGGACGCUGUCUGUCAUGUAAACAUUUCAUUAUUACAUAUUGCAAACAACUAUUUCACUGUUAUUCUUGUGUUGUUUCAUGUUUCUGAAGACUGCUUUAUGAGGAACUUUCCUCAACUUCAUGAAGUCCCAGCACAUUUAACUACCGUUUGUCCUCCCAGCUGAUGAAGAUGUUUGUCCUUCAUCUCAGUCUUUGGGGGCCGUGCAGCAGCAGUCCGAGAGUGGGUUUGAUGCCCUUGUAAGGUGUGUCUGCGGGGGUCUGCUGGAAGGAUCACUGUUGCUACUGUCCUUACUGGUUUUCAUGAGCUCAGUCUUCACUUAUAUUCAGACUCAGUGAACCACGUUGCACUGAGUAAAAUAAUGUUUAACACCCUUGUCAUUGCUGAGCUGCACAUUAUCGGAGACACUGCAUCACAGCUUGGAACCAAGAGUCCCGAUUUGUCCCGAUUUGUGUGUACAUGACAAAACAACUGAGUUUAGAACCAGAACACACAGGAAGGCGACAUUCAGUUAUUAUGGCCCCUGAUUGUGGAACAGCCUCCCGGAGAACCUCAGGGCCGUCUUUUUAAUCAGGCUUUUAACUGACUCAUUUAACUUUUUAUAAUUCUCUAUGCUCACUCCUGUCCCUAUCCUACCCUGUUAUUCUGUUUUAUCUCAAUGUUAUAUUUAAACGUUUUAGUCGUUAUUUAUGGUCUAUUUUAUACAUUCUAUUGUUUUAUUCUCUCAGUUUCUAAUAUCUUGCUUUUUAGACCUCCUUUUACGAUUUUAUGUUAUACUUAAACUCUUUUAGCGUGUAUUUUAACCUCAUAGCCUAUCUUAUCAUGCUUUCUUGUAGCUUUUAUCUCCAGUGUUUCCUCAUGGGGAGCCUCCAUGCUGGGAGUGACUCUGGCCUGCAGGGGGUCGUCCUGGGGGUGGUUCUGGCCUGGAUGGUGGUGGAGCUCUGCACCACGGCUUCACCGCUGUGGUGUGGACUCCUCUAUCCGUCCGGGCCGGGAUGGUCUCUGUGGAGGAAACCCUUGUGGUUGCGGGUUAUGAGACCUCCUGGCGUGGAUGAUACCUGAUACCAUUUCCUCACCUGGAUCCUCUGUGCUCAGCCAUGUUCGCACCCAUAUUUAUAUAGAUGUGUGUGUAUGUGUGUGUCUGUGUGUGUGUCUGUGUGUGUGUAACUUGGGUGAAUUGUGGUGUGCUUGUGUCUGCCUGUGU